GAUGCACUCAGAAAUUAACCUGCCCACACUAUUUUCUUUCCUAGUACUUCUGAUCCCUUUCAAAGAAGUAUAAUUUUCAUGAUCACACAACCAUGGCUUCUUCUCUAGUGGCACUUCUUUCUCUUCUCCUCACUCUUCUUGCAACUUCAUGUCUAAGUGCAACUGUGUUUUCCCUCCAAGUUUCAAUCAAAACAACUUACUUGGAACCUUUCAAAUGCUCCCCUAAGAUCACCACAUGCAAUGCCUCACUCUACCACAUAAGCUACGGCAACAACAUAGACGACAUAGCAACCUUUUACUCCGUUAGUACCUCCCAAAUCAAACCGAUAAUGCGCACUACCGAGCAAGAUUACCUCAUAACAGUGCCUUGCUCUUGCAAUGACACCAAUGGACUUGGCGGAUAUUUCUAUGAUACAACCUACAAGGUGAAGUCCAAUGACACGUUUGUGAAUAUUAACAACUUUGUUUACAGUGGUCAAGCCUGGCCUAUUAACGGAGAAUUGGACCAAAAUGAGGAGUUAACAAUACAUCUUCCAUGUGGGUGUUCAGAGAAAAGUGAUUCUCAAAUUGUUGUCACGUACACGGUUCAGCGGAAUGAUACACCUGUAUCAAUUGCUGCUCUGCUAAAUGCUACGUUAGAUGACAUGGUGAGUAUGAACGAAGUUCUGGCUCAGAACCCCUCAUUCAUAGAUGUUACUUGGGUGUUGUAUGUUCCUAGGGAAUUGAAUGGUUUGCCACUUUCCAAAGGAAAAGACAAGAAACAAAAGUUGGAGAUAAUCAUUGGCAUCUUAGCGGGUGUGACAUUACUUUCAAUUAUUACCUUGAUUAUUCUCAGUGUCGUUCUUAGGAGAUCCAGAGCCAAUAAAACUGCCAAAAAUGAUCCAAGUGUUGUCUCUAAAAGAUCAAUCACCAAUAGAACUAUUUCCAUAAAGAACCGAGACUUUCAUACAGAAUAUAUUGAAGAUGCAACAACAUUUGAAUCAGAAAGACCAGUAAUUUAUGCUCUAGAGGAGAUUGAAGAUGCUACAAAUAACUUUGAUGAAACCCGAAGGAUUGGAGUAGGUGGAUACGGUACGGUGUAUUUCGGAAUGUUAGAGGAGAAGGAGGUUGCUGUGAAGAAGAUGAGGUCUAAUAAAUCCAAAGAAUUCUAUGCAGAACUCAAGGCCUUGUGCAGGAUACAUCAUAUUAACAUUGUGGAGUUGUUGGGAUAUGCUAGUGGAGAUGACCACCUUUAUUUGGUGUAUGAGUUUGUUCCAAAUGGAUCUCUCUGUGAACAUCUUCAUGAUCCAUUACUGAAAGGUCACCAGCCACUGUCUUGGUGUGCUAGGAUUCAAAUUGCACUGGAUGCAGCAAAAGGUCUUGAAUAUAUACAUGAUUACACAAAAGCACGAUAUGUGCACCGUGAUAUAAAGACCAGUAAUAUUCUUCUUGAUGAGAAGCUCAGAGCCAAGGUAGCAGAUUUCGGACUUGCAAAGCUAGUAGAACGAACCAACGAUGAAGAAUUGAUAGCGACUAGGCUUGUUGGAACACCAGGCUACCUUCCCCCAGAAUCUGUGAAGGAGCUUCAAGUGACUAUAAAAACCGAUGUAUUUGCAUUUGGUGUGGUUCUGGCAGAGUUGAUAACAGGGAAACGUGCACUAUUUCGUGACAACCAAGAAGCCAGCAAUAUGAAAUCACUUACUUCAGUUGUUGGCCAAAUAUUCAAAGAUGAUGACCCAGAGACUGUUUUAGCAGAUGCCAUAGAUGGGAAUCUUCAACGUAGCUAUCCUAUGGAAGAUGUCUACAAGAUGGCAGAACUAGCUCAUUGGUGCUUGUGCGAAGAUCCAAAUGUCAGGCCUGAGAUGAGGGAGAUUGUUGUGGCAUUGUCACAGAUUGUGAUGUCCUCCACAGAAUGGGAAGCAUCACUAGGUGGAGACAGAGAGGUCUUCAGCGGGGUACUUGAUGGAAGAUGAAGACUCUUUGUUACUUGGGAAUGAAUUGUAUAAUAAUCCUUUCCUUAUUUGCUGUUAUAAUAUACUUAUUAAUCAGUUGUAUCAUGCUACUAUACCAUUUAGAGUUUUUGCUCUAGUUGUUGGGGGUGUAUAUAUAUACAGAGAGAGAGAGAGAGAGAGAGAUUUUGAACAGAAGAUUAUAGGGUUAAAUCGGGAUAGUGUGACUUCUUAAUUAAUGUACAAAAAACUUGUUAAUGCUAACACCUUUAUGUUGGAAAAAAAAAUUGAAACAUAUAACUAAUA